AUGGAGAACAUAAUUGUCGCGUCCCUCAAACCUGAAAUUUCCGGAGCACUAGAUUCCCUUCUUCACGAAAUUAACUCUGCCAACGAUGCCAAAGUCCUCCGUACUGCUUUCCAACAAUCCCUCAAACACACUCAAUCCAGUAGUCACCGUCAAACCCAUACUGCACUACCACGGACAUCUAAAACCCCAACAAAAAGUUGCUCCUUGUGUAAACAAGGAGGUCGACCUACCUCCCAGUCGAAGACAAGCAAUACCUAUCCCGCUCAAGACAGGUGAUCGGCACAGAACCAGGGGACCCGCUAUCUGAUUGCGAAGUAGAAGACUCACAAAAUUCCCACAACUACCGAAUCAAGACUACCACCAACCGAGUUAGUGUUAAGCAGUCACCCCAUCUCCAGGCAUUCUAUGCCCAUCGCCCACUACUCUUGACAUUAGACACAGGAGCAGAAACAAGUAUGAUAUUAAGACCAGCAUUGCCAAUGAAACUGGAGCUACUAUACAGAAGACUACUCGGAAAGCCCUCCAAGCAGAUGGUAUAACCUAGCUAACCGUCGUCGGAGAAGUCCAUUUGACUUUGUCCGGUAACCACCUUAAUUCGCAGUUUGAUGCACUUGUCGUUGAUAGUUUGAACGUCGACGUACUAGCCGGGACUCCUUUCAUGAUCACCAAAGACAUCUCCUUCCGGCCAUCCAAGCAAGAAGUCACCAUUCAUGGAUGCGAGAACGUGUACUAUGGCUCCAGACAACCAGCUGGGACCAUAGGCUCGGUCCGUCGAACACAAACUACAGUCCUUCGUGCCCCAUCAUCCUCCACCGCAAUUUGGCUAGGACAGUACCUUGAAUUAGACCUUCCCGAUCACGUGAUCCAGAUUCUAUCCUUGCUCUAGAACCCCGUAACGAUUGUUCCAGAUCAGACUGUGAGUGGCCAAGCCCUCAUAUUGUACAGGCAGUCGUAAGAAAGAUCCAUAUACCCAAUCAAACUCCUCACCCUAAACGUAUCCCUCGUCAUGACCAUCUGUGUCAGGUCCUAUCACUAGCAAUAGCAUCCUAGUAGCACCCUCCCCUCCUACACCCCAUGAACACUCCUUAUCUGUCCAGCUAGGCCCUGAUUCUAUCCUAUCAAAGAGCAUGCACUCCAAAUUCAGCCAGUUAGUUAAAGAAUAUGGUUAUAUUACUACCUUAAAAAAUAAGCAGAAACUCGACGUUUCGAGCAAAGGGCCUUCGUCAAGAGUUAGUGGCCUUCGCUCGAAACGAAGGCCUUCGCUCGAAACGUCGAGUUUCUGCUUAUUUCUUAAGGUAGUAAUAUAACCACCCAGCAUAGCAUUUUCACAUUGCUACUACCCACACUGGUACAGACAGUUUUAGUUAAAGAAUAUGAUGAUAUUUUUUAUAAAAAUAUCUCUGGAUACAACAGUGCUGCCGGUCUCUUUGAAGCUGUCGUAAAUAUGGGUCCAGUACAACCACCACAACGCAAAGGCAGACUCCCCUAAUACGCGCCGAACAAACUGGCCGAGUUACAACACACAUUUGAUGAGCUUGAAUCGCUAGGCAGUUUUCAGCUCCCCUGAAGACGUUGGCAUAACCGUGAAAUACCUUAAUAAAACCCCAUUCCUUAUUAAAACGCCAUGUGGAGGACACCGACUAGUCACUGCCUUUGCUGAUGUUGGUCGAUACAGCAAGCCACAACCAUCUCUAUUACCUGAUGUCGAUUCUACCCUCCGAACAAUCGCCAAAUGGAAGUACAUCAUCGUAUCCGACCUUACCAGCGCUUUCUAUCAGAUGCCACUUGUUAAAGGUUCCAUGAA